AUGAGGCGGGCAAGCUGCGGUGUUCGGGAGGCACUUUCCACAUUGGGAGAGACGCAGCAGAGUCUAACCAGGCAUCCAGAACCAGUGAGAAGCAGCCCUCGAUCAGCAAAAUACAAGCCAGCUGUGGUGAGGGCCAGGAAAAGAGCUUGUUUGGAGCCCUGGGUUAUUGGCCUUAUCACCUUUAUAUCCUUGAUUGUCCUGGCAGUGUGCAUUGGACUCAUUGUUCAUUAUGCGAGAUACAAUCAAAGGAAUACCCACAAUUACUAUUGCACACUGUCAUUCACAAGUGACAGAUUAUAUGAUGAGUUUGGAAGUGAAGCUUCUAAAAAUUUCACAGAAAUGAGCCAGAAAAUUGAGUCAAUGGUGGAAAACACAUUUCGUAAAUCUUCAUUAAGGGAAGAAUUUGUCAAGUCUCAGGUUAUCAAGUUCAGUCAAGAGGAUCAUGGAGUGCUGGCUCAUAUGCUGCUAAUUUUUAGAUUUCGCUCUACCAAAGAUCCUGAAAACAUAAAUAAAAAUAUUCAACGUGUUCUUCAUGAGAAGUUGCAAGAUGCGAUAGGACCCCUUAAAGUAGAUCCUGAAUCAGUUGAAAUUAAAAAAAUCAACAAGACAGAAACAGACAACUAUCUGAACAGUUGCUGUGGAACACGAAGGAGUAACACUACCAACCAGAGUUUCAGGAUAGUUGGUGGGACAGAGGUAGAAGAGGGUGAAUGGCCAUGGCAAGCUACCCUGCAAUGGGAUGGAGUGCAUCGCUGUGGAGCGACCUUAAUUAAUGGCGUGUGGCUUGUGAGUGCUGCUCACUGCUUUAGAAUGUAUAAGGAUCCUGGCCGAUGGACUGCUUCCUUUGGAGUAACACUAAAGCCUCCAAAAAUGAAACGAGGUCUCAGGAGGAUAAUUGUCCAUGAAAAAUACAAAUACCCAUCACAUGACUAUGAUAUUGCAGUUGCACAGCUUUAUAGCCCUGUGCCCUACACAAAUGCUGUACAUAGAAUUUGCCUUCCUGAGUCUUCUCAUGAGUUCCACCCAGGUGACCGCAUGUUUGUGACCGGAUUUGGAGCACUGCAAAAUGAUGGUGCCAGUCAAAAUCAUCUUCAGCAAGUACAGGUGGAUCUCAUAGACACUAAAACAUGCAAUAAACCUCAAGCUUACAAUGGUGCCAUAACUCCUAGAAUGUUAUGUGCUGGCUCCUUGCGAGGAAAUAAAGAUGCAUGCCAGGGUGACUCUGGAGGACCACUGGGUAGUCCAAAUGCUAGGGAUAUCUGGUACCUUGCUGGAAUAGUGAGCUGGGGAGAUGAAUGCGGGCUACCCAAUAAGCCCGGGGUUUAUACGCGAGUGACUGCCUUCCGAGACUGGAUUGCCUCCAAAACUGGUAUCUAAGAGAGAAAAACCUAGUAGAAUGGAACACAUCUGUGUGUGUGUGUGUGUGUGUGUGUGUGUGUGUAGGCCAUU